AUGGCCGCACAACAUUCUCACAGACAGCGGAGGGUGCGCUAUCCUCUUGACCCUCAUCCUCCCGCUUCUACUAACCUACCCACCAGCUUCCAGAUGGUUUCCCUCCUCAAGCUCUCCCAAGUGACGGAAGAAGGCGUCCGCUUCCUCUCCCCCCACGACGGAAGUCCCAUGCUCCUCACCCCCGAGCACUCCAUCUCGCUCCAAAACAGCAUCGGCUCGGACAUCAUGAUGCAGCUCGACGAUGUCAUCGCCACCACUUCCCCAGACCAUGCGCGGAUCAAGGAAGCCAUGCAUCGUUCGGUCCGCUGGCUGGAUCGGUGUAUCGCCGCGCACGAGAAGCCGGAGAGUCAGAAUCUAUUCUGCAUCAUCCAGGGCGGUCUGGACCUAGAGCUGAGGCGGGAAUGUUGUCGUGAGAUGGUCGCGAGAGAUACGCCCGGGAUCGCCAUCGGCGGUCUGAGCGGCGGCGAGGCGAAGGAUGCUUUUUGCAAAGUCGUUGGGACGUGUACGCAGUUGCUGCCAGAGCGGAAGCCGCGGUAUGUGAUGGGUGUGGGCUAUCCGGAGGAUAUUCUCGUUAGUGUUGCUCUUGGGGCGGACAUGUUCGAUUGCGUCUGGCCGACGCGGACGGCGAGGUUCGGUAAUGGGAUCACGGCGGAGGGGACGUUCAAUCUGAGGCAUGCGGCGUAUGCGUAUGACUUCCGGCCGGUAGAGGAGGGUUGUCAGUGCACGUGCUGUCGGCCGCAGAGCGAGGGCGGGCUGGGGAUCACGCGCGCUUAUAUUCAUCAUGUUGCUGCGAAAGAGACGGCUGGGGCGCAUCUGCUGAGUAUGCAUAAUGUGCAUCACCUUCUAGAGCUGAUGCGGAGGGCAAGGGAGGCGAUUGUGGAGCAGAGAUACCCUGAGUUCUUGAAGGAGUACUUUGGGAGGCUUUACGCUGGAGACAAGGAUAAGUACCCGCAAUGGGCGGUGGAUGCUUUGCAGGGUGUUGAGGUGGAUUUACUUUCUGACUAA